ACAUCUCUGCUCUUUUCUUCAUAGAUGCGUGUAGAAGUAGGCUUACAUGCCAGGUGUAAAAACAAUGUAGGCCAAAGGAUCGACUAUUCUGGACCUAACCGUAUUGCGAAUCUAUUCAUUCUUUUAUCGUUUAUUUUGUUUUUAUUUUAAUUUGUGUCACAGAUUAGCCGUAGUACUGGUAGCCAUGUCAGAGAAUACGAAAAUGUCGCCAGAAAAGAACAACAAAGUUACAGCAAAAGAAAACAGAAUUAGUCCCGGUAAAAAUUUUAUAGCUGGUGGAGUUGGUGGAGCUUGUUGCGUUGCUACCGGCCAUCCGUUAGAUACUAUUAAGGUAAGACUCCAGACAAUGCCAAAACCAGCUCCAGGUCAGCCACCCAUGUUUGCAGGAACGUUUGACUGUGCCAGAAAAACUGUUGUGAAUGAGGGUUUCCUAGGAUUGUACAAGGGAAUGGGAGCUCCAAUAGCUGGAGUAAUGCCUGUGUUUGCAGUCUGUUUUUUUGGAUUUGGGCUUGGAAAGAAGAUGCAACAGAAACAUCCUAAUGAAGAAUUAACCCUUCUACAGAUAUUUAAUGCAGGAAUGAUGGCAGGUGUUUUUACUACAGUUAUCAUGACUCCAGGAGAGAGAAUUAAGUGCCUUCUUCAGAUUCAGCAAGCUGCUGGAAGUGCUGCAACCACUAGAUACAAAGGCCCAAUCGAUUGUGUUCGUCAGCUUUACAAGGAAGGAGGGAUCCGAAGCAUCUACAGAGGAACUUGCGCUACAUUGCUCAGAGAUGUUCCUGCUAGUGGAACCUGGUUUUUGACAUAUGAGUUCCUUCAGACAAUGCUAAUGCCAAAGGGAAAAAGUCGAAGUGAAAUUAGUCCAAUUCGAACCAUGUUUGCUGGUGGAAUGGCUGGAGUAUUUAAUUGGGUCGUUGCUAUUGGUCCAGAUGUUUUGAAGUCUCGUCUUCAGACAGCACCACAAGGCACUUAUCCAAGAGGGAUUAGGGACGUUUUCCGCCGAACUCUGGCAGAAGAGGGUGUAACCGCUCUCUAUCGUGGACUCACUCCUGUAAUGUUACGAGCCUUCCCUGCUAAUGCAGCCUGUUUCUUAGGGUUUGAGGUGGCAAUGAAGAUGCUCAAUUGGGCAGCCCCAAAUUGGUGAUUUGUAAAUUAAUUUAGUUUUAAUACUUCUUACCAAUGUGUGCCAGAAUUUCAAAGUGUGAAAUCUCUCUUAGUAAUCAGUUUUAAUAAUGUAGAAAGACGGGACACUACCAGAAGGAUUUUGUUUUUUACCCUUCAAGUUAUGUGUUUUAUUGCUUGUUUUAUUUAUGAUUCUUAUUAUCAUAGUUUUCAAGUUUAUUGACAUCGAUUUGAAAAGUAUUCUUAUGCUUUUAAUUAGUUAGUGUGCCACAGGAAAAUAAAUGGAAGCCAUUUAAAUGGUAUUUGGUGCAACUAACUGUAUAAAAAUGCAUAUGUAUCAUUUCCUCACUGAAAUUGGGUUCAUAAUGAGUAAUGGAAAGACACUAUGCAGCCAACCAAUCAGACAAUCUUUAUUUUUUUUUAGCCAGCCAAUACAGAUCAGCAAGGACCUAAGGCUGUAGGUUUGUUGUUGACAUAGUUAUAAUGACAGUUACAUGCAUUGAUUUUAAAAGGAGGGUGUCUUUGAAGAGUAAGGGUUAAAGAUAAUUGGCUGUGACUCAGUUAGUUUAUGGAAAUGUAGUUUUCCUUUUGUGAUUGUCAGCACAUGUCAUCGAACAUCAAGCUGUCACAUUCAGUCAGCUCUGUAUCUAAGAGAUAUUAAUAUGUUUUGGUAAGAAUAUACAAAAACUUUAUCUCAGUGUAUUUGCUAUUAUCCCAUACUUCUAAUAAAAAUGAGAUGUUGCUGCCAGUUGAUAUCAUCCACAACACUGUACAAAAUAAUA